CCUAAUGGCCCCCUCCCCAACGACACAGCAAGCGCCCACACGAAUCAUCUUUGGAGUCCAGGGUCUACGAAAAUCGAACAAAUCGAAAUUUGUAGUCGAAUGAAUGACCAAAUUUUCUUGCCGGAACUCAAGAAGCGCUACAAGAAACAUCGUCUAAUGGUUUCAAGGUGGUUUUCACCCUUUCGAUUUCACCACUGUGAUUUCGUUAAAUUCCGGAAAGUCAGCGUCGAUCGAGUCUUCUUCUCAUGCGGGGGACUUCCAGAAGAUGGAGUGUUUGCUAACGAGUACGAAUACGAUCCGAAACCACCGCUGGGAAAGAUACCGCUCAUAGAACUUGACGUGUUCGCCGCAUGUCUGGAGUCUUGUGAUGACGGAUGCAAAUGGUCAGCCCUUGGGCCAUGGCUACACGACUGCUUUCAGCUGCCGCCCGACACGGAAAGAACAACCUGCAUACCGAAAAAGAGGAGGGAAUUUGAUAUGAAAUCGACGCACGAUGCGGAGAAUCUUGUGUGGGGUAUUCAGCCCAGUUACGCCUUGUCUCUUUUUAUGAUUUCCAUCUACGCUCUCGUUCCAUUGUUGUCAGCUUUCGGGUUCUGGAUAUAUUGGUUGGCACGCCAUCCGGGGGACUGGCAGAACGCUUCGGUUCCAAUGGUGACUGCAGUGACGCUU